GGAGCGCAGAGCUAAUCACAGUCAAAGAAGGGAGAGUGAGAUUGUGAGAGCAGAACUCUUUUCUACGGAUUUAUAAAUAACACUGUGUGUGCAUCAUGACGUAAGCACUGCCCAGUGGUCAGCAUGCCCCCUCUGACCGCCGCCCACUAUGUCCUGUUAGUCUUCAGUGCCAUCCUCUUUUCCGCGUUCCUCUUGGGGUUCGUCUUCCUUCUGCACAGGGAGAAACAGAAGAAGAACUGGGAGAGAGAGAAGAAAUUCAGG